GGGGCGGGCGGUCCCGGACUGGCGGCCGUGGCGGCGGCGGGACGCGAUGGUAGCUCAGCUGGCUUAGGCCCGGGAACGCGCUGCUCGCCAAACUUGCCGGCUCGUGGACCGGGCCGCCCCUGGAGGAUCUGUCGGCACCGCGCCGGGCUCGGCCGCGGGUGAAGACGUCCCCGCCUUUGUCUGCGGGGGAUGCUGUCCUGCGGGGAGGGCCCGGUGCGAACGGCGGGAGGUGCUCAGCCCGUACCUGCCCCAGUCAUUGCUGCCACAGCUGCUGCCAUGGAGGUGGUUUCAGCAGAAGUCAACAGCUUGCUCCCUGAGGAAAUCAUGGACACAGGUAUAGCUCUGGUGGAGGAUGACAGCAUCGAGGCGGUCAUCGUGGCAUCACCCAUGCCAGACUCCAUGCCCAUGGAAACAGAACUGGAAGAAAUGGUGGAGAUGAGCUCCACCAGCGACUCCUCUGCUGCAACCACAGUCACGGUCAAGGCCGAGGAGGUGACGGUCAAGACUGAGCCAGCCGCUGCACCCGACGUGGCCGUCAGCACCGCGGCCCCGAAAGCUGACGUGACCGCGGUGGUGAAGUCUGCCUUCCCAGGUGGCCUCCAUAAACUCGGUGCUCAGACUCCUGUCACUAUCUCAGCCAACCAAAUCAUUCUGAACAAGGGCACCGCCGACAUCAAAAUAGGCAACCAGAGCAUUAAACCGGACGGGCAGAAGCUGAUUGUAACGACCCUGGGCAAGACUGGCCAGCCUAUUGUUCUGGCACUGCCCCACAGCCAGCUCCCACCGGCGCAGAAGGCCACGGCCCAGGCCCCCAGUGGAGACUCCAAGGUCCCAGGCCAGCACAUCAAAGUGGUCCUGGGGGGGCGGUCAGAGGCCAAGCCUGUCGUUGGUGUCCCGGCUUUGACUCAGGGAAGCCAGCUGGUGAACGCCGCGGCCCAGCCUUCCGUGCUGCAGACCCAGCAGAUGAAAACAGUGCAGAUCGCAAAGAAGACUCGAACCCCAACUUCUGGCCCAGUGAUCACCAAGCUGAUCUUUGCAAAACCAAUCAAUAGCAAAGCUGUGACAGGGCAGACCACUCAAGUGUCACCAGUCAUUGCAGGUAGGGUUCUUUCACAGUCUGCUCCAGGAACACCACCAAAGACAAUAACCAUCUCUGAGAGCGGAGUCAUUGGAUCAUCACUGAGUACAACAACACAACAGACACCAAAUAAAAUAGCUAUCUCACCACUCAAAUCCCCCAAUAAGCUAACAGUGGUGUCAGUGGCCUCCCAGCCUCCCAGCUCCCCCCAGAAGACGGUGGGCGUCCCACUGAAUGUAGCGUUAGGACAGCAGAUCCUGACAGUUCAGCAGUCAGCACCCUCCUCCCCUGGCAAGGCUGUAGCCAACCACACACCCACCCAGGCUGUGAAAUCAGCAGUGCAGACCCUCACUGUAGGAGGAGUGAGUACAUCUCAAUUUAAGACAAUUAUUCCCUUGGCAACUGCACCCAAUGUUCAGCAGAUUCAGGUACCUGGAAGCAAGUUCCACUAUGUCAGACUGGUUACUGCCACAACAGCCAACAGUUCAACCCAGUCAGCCAGUCAGACUCCCAGUACCAACACACAGCCUCUUCAGCAGGCAAAGCCAGUGGUGGUGAAUGCCACCCCGGUGCGGAUGUCUGUUCCCAUCGUGCCAGCACAGGCUGUGAAGCAGGUGGUUCCCAAGCCAAUGAACCCGACUUCCCAGAUAGUUACUACUAGUCAGCCCCAGCAAAGGCUCAUCAUGCCAGCCACUCCACUGCCACAGAUACAGCCCAACCUCACCAACCUGCCACCGGGCACUGUGCUGGCACCAGCACCUGGCACGGGAAACGUCGGCUAUGCAGUCCUUCCAGCUCAGUAUGUCACGCAGCUCCAGCAGUCAUCCUACGUGUCCAUAGCGAGCAACACAGGCUUCACAGGGACAUCCAGCAUCCAGUCCCAGGCACGGCUGCCCUUCAACGGAAUAAUUCCUUCUGAGUCUGCAAACCGCCCCAGGAAGCCUUGCAACUGUACUAAGUCUCUGUGCUUGAAAUUGUACUGUGACUGUUUUGCCAAUGGUGAGUUCUGCAAUAACUGCAACUGCACAAAUUGCUACAACAACCUGGACCACGAAAACGACCGGCAAAAAGCAAUAAAGGCCUGCCUUGACAGAAACCCUGAAGCCUUCAAGCCCAAAAUAGGGAAGGGGAAGGAAGGAGAGGCAGAUCGGAGGCACAGCAAGGGCUGCAACUGCAAACGCUCAGGCUGCCUCAAGAACUACUGCGAGUGUUACGAGGCAAAAAUCAUGUGUUCUUCCAUCUGCAAGUGCAUUGGCUGCAAGAACUUUGAGGAGAGCCCAGAGAGAAAGACGUUGAUGCAUUUAGCAGAUGCUGCAGAGGUUAGGGUUCAGCAGCAGACGGCUGCAAAGACCAAGUUAUCUUCCCAGAUCUCGGACCUGCUGACGAGGCCAGCGCCGGCACUCAGCAGUGGCGGUGGGAAGCUGCCCUUCACCUUUGUCACCAAGGAGGUGGCCGAUGCGACCUGCGAGUGCCUGCUGGCGCAGGCGGAGCAAGCGGAGAAGCUGGGCAAGUCCAAGGCUGCCGCGGAGCGCAUGAUCCUGGAGGAGUUUGGACGCUGCUUGAUGAGAGUCAUCAACUCAGCAGGGAAGUCCAAAAGUGACCCUUGUGCCCUGAACUGCUGACUCGGGCACACGAGCCACACCCCAGCGGACUGAACAGAACACUUAAGGCACAGGGACACUUUGGUUUGGCACAGAGCAUUUAAUACUAUUUGUUCAUGUGGUGCUUGUUGUAAAUUGACCUGCACGAGACUGAAAGAAGAAAACCUUUUCUAAACCAGGCAGAGAGCCUUUUAAAUCUCAGCUAAACCCUCUUCUACUUAAGACCAAGGCCUAAAGCUCAUUCUUCUUCCUAAUGUACAGCUUUUUAACCUUCAGAAUUAGUGGUGGGUUUCUUAAAACUUGGCUGAGCUCUCCCCUUUCCUCCCCUCAAAGCACUGCCUGAAGGGCAGCUAUAAGUUAUUCUAACCUAUGUCACUGACAGCCUGUGGAGCUGCAGCACUUUGUGCACGCAGGGGAAGGCAGCUGAUGUCAGUAGCCAGGUGAUGCUUUUGGUGACAGGCCCGAGCUAAGGAAGUGUCAGUGCUGAAGAAGUGUGUGGAAAAGAGUAUCUGAAGGGAAGGUGGCACCUGCCACAGCCCAUUCCUUGGCACUGGCAGGUGCAGGCAAUAACAGAGGGGCUGCUUGCAGAUCUAGUGGUGGAGAACCCCCUGGAGCAAGGCCCAAGUUGUUUAAAGGCAAAUGGUAUGAAUUGGAAUCUUUUGAUAGGAAUGUGGCUGGGCUCAGGCAGUUCUGAAGCUGGAACUUGAAGGUGAAGACUGUGGCCUGUCUGCAGAAGUGAGCAAGAGCAGCCUGGCCACAGUCCAGCGUUACCUGAAUGUGCGAGGUGGCUGCUAUUGUGGAGGUGCAUCUUGGGUUUCCCAGCCUGUCCCUCACUGGCGACAGGGCUUUGCCAUCCCCUGGUUUCUAGGAUCAAGCUGUAACCGUGGAAGUGUUUUUAAGUCUGAGGUCAUGGCAGGUGGUGGAACCACAGUUGCCUUAGUGAGGACUGGAGACAAUCUGCAUUCAAAUGGACUUGCAAGCUCAGGUAGGGAUCAUGUUCAGCCUGGGUGUUGGUCUUCAGGGUGCUCCUGCUCUCAGUGCUGACCCUUUUAUGUUGUGAGAGUGACUGAGAGCCAUGGUCAGAGAGGAUGCAGAAUCAAGACUGGCCACCAAGCAGCUGCAUCCUUUGACAAAGAGCUGGGGACGGCUGUGUGUGCGCUGGGGCAGGGAGUUUGUCACGACUGGUUACAGGCAACCUCAGAUCACACCAUUUGUAGUGGAACACAUCUGUGGUACUCACCUGCCAUGCACACCAGGAGCCAUGCUUUGUGACAGGCAUUGCUGCUGGCUGUCUCACUUUAGCCUGGUAGAUUCUUCCUAAAGGGAUUUUGCAUUUCUGGUGUCAAAUUCCAAAUACAGAGAAAUGCAGCAGAGCUCAUCCUCCAGGGGAAAGGCUAGGACCAGGCAGAGCAGCAGCAGAGCCAAGUGCCUACGUGUGUGAUGGCAACAGGAUGGGACAAUGCCUCCCCUCCUGCCUGUGCCCCCACAGUCCUGCACACUGAGCCCUUUUCUCUUUGCCUCUUCCCCAGCGCCUCCUCCAAACACUGGGGCAUGACAGGCUUGGGAGGCAGCCACUAGCCGCUGUUGCAGACACCUGCCUUGCAAUCCCCUCUGCUCUCAACAUCUCCCUGAGCAGAGAGAACAAGCUCACCUGUGCAUGCACACCUGCAAGAAGGGAAUCCACCUCUCCUGGCAGUACCUUCCGCCAGGGAGGCGCUGGCUGGGGUCAGCAAGCGGCGCAGUCACCGCGCGUAGCCAGCGCGGGCCUUCGCCCGGCUCCUGGGCACCUGUACAGUCUGUACAAAUGUAAACUAGUGUAAGUGAAUAAAGUCAGAGCUGCUUAGGGGUAUUUUUCAGAUUGCAAUCUGCCUUCUUUUCGUCUAGACUCCCAUGUUUAUUUUGUACAUAACCCCUGCUUCCUUUCAGCUGCACCUUUUGUGAUGUGUAUUUAUAUACGGUGUGCGAAACCAGCCCCGGGAUUUAGCUGCCAGCUGUAAUUAUGUAUGAUGGUAUUGUUGGAGAAUGUUUUGCUUGUAAAGACUCUGAAGGUGCAAUCAAAUGCUCUUAGUUCUUCUCUUUUGGUUUUGACCAAGCUUUCUCAGAUAGGAAGCUUGGGUUCCUCUCUCCCCGCUGUAGAGUGUGUGAAGUGGGUUUUGUACUUCCUUAGCCAUUUGCAUCAAACUGCUGGACAAGAUUCACAGUCAAAAGCUCAUCCAGUUCCAUACAAACGAUUGGGAAUGGGGCAAGGGUUCAUUUUCUAGUUCUGUUUACAUCUGAAAGUAGAAAAAUGAAAUUUAUAUUUACUAGACCUAUUCAGAGAAUACACUUUUCUAUAUUGUACAAAUAAAACCAGUCAGGUAAAUCACAAAGGAAAAUAAACAUUUAUACUAUUCUGUAAA